AUGGAGUGCGGUGAGGAGGAAAGGAUGCGAGGACGAUGCGGCACGCGGGGCAGCAGCGUGGGAGGAGCGGCGGCGGCGGCGGCGGCGCACAACAGUGCAGGGCAGGGCGUGGGCGUGGCGGGCGGCGACAAAGCUCCAGCGCCGUUCUCAAGAUUUGACGAAGGCGGGGUUUUAUUAGUAUGA